AUGAUCUCGUCCACAGCUGUGCGAUGCGUAUACUCCUCCCUGAAUACCAGCAUUGGGACUUCCAUCGACAAGCCCACCUCUUCCGCACUUCCUGGGCACCCGCCGCGACGAUGCUACACCACCCAAGGGCCAACCCCUCGAUGGCUUACGACUCGGCCCCGCACGUCACUCAGUUGCGAAGAACGAAGCAUACUCAAGAAUAGCAAACUAUCGAGCUCGAGAAACCGUCGAUUAUUCCACAACUACUUCGUCACCCAUCUGCCAUCAUCUUCUCUACACCCUGACUCUCGAACGUCUUCCGGCCCCGGUCACAAGCUGCCCCGCGAUGCUUCGACCCCCCACAAAGUAACGCCGGGGUCCUCUCUAGUAGCCGCAGCUCUCAACAUGCCUAGCCGAGACCUUACAGUGGUCCGGAUUCCGCUCAAGAGAGCUAAACAUCACUAUGGUGUUUUCUCCUCAAGGGGUCAACGACCGUACAACGAGGAUACCAACCAAGCUGGCACAAUAAGCGUGCCGGCGUUUGCUAAAAGGGCUCCUAUCAGUCUUCAGAGGCGGCCGAUCCAAAAGCCCAAUGAGGCAACUUCGGCUGACAGCGCACUUGGUGACCCCCAGGUCUUCUACUUUGGUAUAUUCGACGGACAUGGCGGAUCUCAGUGCGCCGAGUUCUUGCGUGAUGAGCUGCAUGGCUACAUUGAGCAGUCCUCUGAUGAGUUUGGCCUCCAGAGCAGCCUGGCAAGGAGCCCGGCACCAGAGACGGGCCGCAAGGAGGAAGACCCCAAUGAGGAGCUGUUUAUGAAGACGGAGGAAGAUGUCAAGGACGACAUUCGUGUUCCCGAGGAAGACAAACACGGCGUCUUGACAAAUCCCGAAAGAGAGGAGCCCAUGAAAGGGGCCAAACCACUCUCGGUCAAAGUAGAAGACAUUCCAAAGGCGAUCAAGUUGGCACAAGACCUUGUGGAAGAGUAUCGACAAACCGUCGGAGGAUAUUUCCGGCGCUUCAACCCUGAGUACUUCCAACUAUCAGAAGAGAAGAUGAACGACGCCGACGAGCCCGGGGUGACAGUCGAGUCCGUCCUCAUGUACGCCUUCCUCAGAGCAGACUUGGACUUCAUCUCCGCUCAGGCACGCAAACCUGAUCCCGAUGACCCUCAAGCAAACGACCGCCCCGUCAACAACGACGAGAUUCUUGGAGUUCCACACAAACCACCAUCAGGCCACGGCAUUGGUGGCCCGGCUCGCUUCAAGGGCGGAUCGACGGCAUCAGUGGCUCUCAUAUCGACACCCACGCCAGCACCAUUCUGGCACCCCAAUGCGCAGUCUACCCUGGUUGUGGCUCAUGUGGGUGACACACGUAUACUUCUCUGCACAACGACUACCGGCCUCGCGCAACCCUUGACGUCAGACCAUCACCCAACCACUCCCACGGAGAGCCGUCGUCUCCGCCGCUAUGCGCCGGCCGGGUCCAUGGUGUCGGCAGACAGCUUCGGGGAGGACCGUAUCGCAGGGCUGGCCAACAGCCGCGCGUUCGGCGACAUGCGAAGCAAACGCAUUGGCGUAUCGGCCGAGCCAGAAAUCACCCGCGUCGAGAUUGGACCCGCACAGUACUCCUUCCUAGUCCUGAUGAGCGACGGCAUCUCGGGCACACUCAGCGACCAGGAGAUUGUCGACGUAGUCAAGGAGGCUAGGACGCCCGAAGAGGGCGCCAAGGAUGUGGUCAACUAUGCUACCGAGGUCUCCCAUGACGGCGACAAUGCCACCUGUCAGGUCGUAAGGCUCGGCGGGUGGGAGCGUAGGUCGGAGGGCGGAGUCGGCAGUCUCGGCACCAAGGAAAUCCGCGACAAGAGGAGGGCGGAGGCGUUGGAUCCCCGACGCGGCAAGCAGUAA